CACCGCCCCUGCGCGCUGCCCCGCUCCGGACUCCCACAUCACCGAAGACGCCCUCAGCAACAACACUCCACAGCGGCGUCGAAUAAGACACUGUCCAGCCACUCACAAGCCAGGAUUAAACCUACACCGAGCCCAUCUGCACCUCUAUCCGCUCAGGUGAACCUUUCCGCGUCGACAGCAACCAGCCAUCCCCGCUUCCCCCGCCAUCCGAACCAUGGGGCUUCCCUCUUGACCGAAGCUAGCCCCGGAGAGGACCGCGAUCUCCCCCUCCUCGCACGCCGAAGGGGGGCACACAUUUUCGGGUUUGCCCAAGCGCUCGAGUCGCUGUUGUUUUCAAAGAUUUACCCGGGGGGAUCUGUACGGGAAUGGUGCUCCGAGCCUACUGCUUGUACAGACAGAGAAAGGCGAGGGGAAACCGGGCGCCGAGUGGUACUACCCAGCGGACUGUGGCUGUUUUUUUGACCGAAGGGAGCGGCUCUUGUCGGGAGGAUUUUUGUGGCUGCUUGAGCUAGCUCCGGAGCGGCUAACCAAGGAGGAGGCGAGAAGCGACCCCCCAAAAUAUCUCAGGGUUUAACCUAAAACAAUCAACACUAACUCAUUUUUACUAGCCGCUACCACUUGGAAACUAUAAGGAAAUCAUUGUUUAACAUUAUUUUACAGAAAUCAUGGACAAUUUAUGAUAAAAUCCGACAAUAAAGCUGAUAAAAACAACGUGAGCUGCGUUCAAGCGAAACUACCUGGACUGUGUUUUGUUCCUAAAUGCUGUUAGCGUGAAUGUAGGCGAAACCUUUAGUGUUUUUUUUUAGUUAUUUUGAAGUUUUUCUCCACGUUGGAUGCUGGCAUCACAAUUUUCUUGCAAUCAUGAUGAUUAUAAGCCGAAAACCAGAGGGUCCAAUUGCAACAGCACGUCACGGUGAUGGUCUCUAUGACUCGUACAUGAGGCCUGAGCACAUCCUGAAGGAGGAGCAGGACCCCAGCAGCCCCUCCGCUCUGCCCCCCAUGCCCAAACACACUGUGGUGAGUAACAAGACUGUGAUGAGGGACCAGGUUUCAAUUCGUGGUGGAGCUCUGAAGGUGAAGUACCUGUACGAGGACAGCACCAACAAUCGCAAAGUCAAUGCCAUCUCCACGGCAACGGCCCAGAAUGGCACCCCCAACAAGACCGCGCCCGCCCCCGCCCUGUCCAAGGAGCACAGCACGGACAGUUCUGAGUCUAACAAAGGCUCCAGCGAGUCGUCCAGUGGUAACGGGAGUAAGUGCAGCCCUCUCACACCGGACCAGGCCCUCAGGCUGUACCGCUCUCAGCUCUCCUCCCUCGAGCACUCGGAGAUCCUCUCCUACGGAGAUGUUUACUUUGUGGGGCCCAACGCCAAGAAGCGCCCCGCAGUGGCUGGAGGCAGCAACAACAGUGGCUACGACGAUGAGCAAGGUGGCUACAUCCAUGUACCCCACGACCAUCUGGCCUACCGCUAUGAGUUUCUCAAGAUCAUUGGGAAGGGCAGUUUUGGGCAGGUGGCCAAAGUCUACGACCACAAGACGCAGCAGCACCUGGCUCUGAAGAUGGUGCGAAACGAGAAGCGUUUCCACCGACAGGCACAGGAAGAGAUACGCAUCCUGGAGCACCUGCGCCGACAGGACCGCAGUGGCUCCAUGAAUGUCGUGCACAUGCUCGAGAACUUCACCUUCAGAAACCACAUCUGCAUGACAUUUGAACUGCUCAGCAUGAACCUUUAUGAGCUCAUCAAGAGGAACAAGUUCCAGGGCUUCAGUUUGCCCCUGGUCCGAAAGUUCGCCCACUCCAUCCUGCAGUGUCUGGAGGCUCUGAGCCGCCACCGCAUCAUCCACUGUGACCUGAAGCCCGAAAACAUCCUUCUGAAACAGCAGGGGCGCAGUGGCAUCAAGGUCAUCGACUUUGGCUCCUCCUGCUUCGAGCACCAGCGCGUCUACACCUACAUCCAGUCUCGGUUCUACCGCGCUCCAGAGGUGAUCCUGGGCUCGCGGUACGGCCUGCCCAUCGACAUGUGGAGCUUCGGCUGUAUCCUGGCAGAGCUGCUGACGGGAUACCCCCUGUUCCCCGGGGAGGAUGAGAGCGACCAGCUGGCCUGCGUCAUGGAGCUGCUGGGAAUGCCUCCUCAGAAGGUCUUGGAACAGGCCAAAAGAGCCAAAAACUUCAUCAACUCCAAAGGCCACCCGCGCUACUGCGGCGCCAACACGCUGCCCACUGGAGCCACGGUGCUCACGGGCUCCCGCUCUAGGAGGGGUAAAAUGAGGGGUCCCCCGGGCUCUAAGGAGUGGAGCACUGCCCUGAAAGGCUGCGAGGACGCCACCUUCACUGACUUCAUAAAGAAGUGUUUGGACUGGGACCCAUCGUCUCGCCUCACGCCCACCCAGGCGCUCAGACACCCCUGGCUGUACCGCAGGCUGCCCAAGCCAAUACCUGCUGACAAAACCCAGGGCCCAACGGUCAAACGGCUGCCCGAGCAGCACAGCACCUCCUUCCCCUCCAUCCUGGCCAAAGGGGGGCCCGGCCUGGGGACCACCGCCACCAGCAAACUGCGCAGCACCAUGAUGGGAGACUCGGGUGACGCUAUCCCACUGCGCACAGUCCUGCCCAAACUGGUCACUUAGAGAGAGAGAGAGACCCUCCUCUUUGCCCACUCCUCUGGAGGAGCCGGGACACUAGCUUUUAAACUGGUUUGGUUCUUGUAUUUUGUACUGCGUGGUGUCGACACCCCAGGUUUUGUUUUUAAUAUUAGUGAGCUCUGAAGACAAUAAACGCUCAUGAGUUUUUUACAGAAGAUUUUGAGAAACUGUGGAAUUUUCUGUAUUGAGCCUUGUUAAGGUUUGAUUUAGAUAAUGCUUUUAAAAUGUUUGUGUGAGUGAGCAAAUGUUUGUACCCGCGUGUUCUCACGAGUGUCACCUCCAUCCUUCAGACUUCACACUUAAAGGGCUACUCACAUCAUCACCACCGUUACCGAGGAAACCUGGUCGGCAUCAUUUUACCACCCUCCUUAUGCUAAUGCCUUCACAGCACUAUCACAACUCCUGCAGUCAUGUAGUUCAACAUCUGUAGCAAUAACUCAUUUAUUUUCCAUCUAACCCAAUCCGUGGUGCUUGCACAGUAGCUCGGUAUGUUACAAGAGGAUGUGUGUGUGCUUUAGCUCAUUGGUGCUAUGUUGACGUCAAGAGUUAGCGGGGGAUAGUUAGCGCUACUCCCUGUUACCGGAGUGUCAAGGCCGACGCGGUUCACAUAGAUGCCAAUAAUUAGUCCAGAAGAAAAAUCUAUAGAGAAGAAGAAAAGAGCUUGCACAUAAGUCAUAAGUGAACCAGGAAAGUUGACCAUGGAAGGUUAAGAUGAACGUUACAUCCGCUGCUUGCAUAAAGGAGCGGAUUAUGAGGAAGAAUUAUGGUGUAAUAUGGCCUGAAGUUUUGUAAUCUUUUAUUAUAUGAGCCAAGUUUUACUGAAUAGGCCAGUGAAAAUAGAUAGGUUUUAAGGUACGCGAGAAAGAUGGCAUUUCUCAGGGAGUAAUACUUGAUACAUCCCUCAAUCCUCGUUUGUUUGACCCUAUUGUUCAACUGGAUUCGCAUUUUUGGGCAAGAUACACAAUCGUUUUUAAAAUAUUUUAACUAGUAGCUGCUAUCUAUUACAAAUUCUGAAUUAAAAAGGUGGUUUUGAUGACUAGGAAGAAAUUAGCAUCGUCAUGGUCAGGGCCUAGCUAGGUAAUGUUACCAACAGGUUCAGUAAUUAACGGAUUUGUGCUAAUUAGUGCUAUCUAGGCUAAAUGCUAAGUCACUGAAGUCUUGGUCAUUCAGACAUUCGAUAUCCCUAUGCUAGCUAGGCCUCACUAUUCAAAUUAUUGAUUUAAUAUUAUUGAAACGGUAAAAAUAACGUCAACAUGCUGCGAAAUUACAACCACGUGUAAUGUUUUUGCGAGGGUAGACAGCAUUAGCAUACCACUGGGCUAGUUAUUCUGGUUGUUUAGCUAGUUAGCACAAUAAUAUACCUCAACUCUCAAUAUAAUAAGCUAACCUUUGCUAUUAAACAGGCUUUUCGCAACCAACCAAUGUACAUGCGAGUGUUGUCAGUGGAUACGUAGCAAACAUUACCCAGUGGUUCGCUAAAUGGCAGUAAUUAGUGGAUAUAAUUUAAACUUGAGGUUAAGCUACAUGCUAAAAUGCUCAAAUUUUAUCAAGCGUAUUUGACAAAAGCUUAGGGUGACCAGAUUUUCAAAAUAAAAAACUGAGACACGCCUGGUUUAUGAUAGCUGGUAUUAAUAAUAAUAAUAAUAAUAAUAAUGCAUAAUUUUUAUAUAGUGCUUUUUUGGACACUCAGUGACGCUUUACAGAGCAUUAUUCAUUAACUACACACCCGGUGGUGGUAAUUUUAUAAUUUUUUUUAAUGAAAUGAGUGCGUAAUUAAGGAAAAUCAUUCUGCACUCGGCCCAUUUGGACGAACGUGUCAGUAUAGUCACAUUUUCUUCAUGUUUUGGCCUCUCUUUACUAUUGACAGGCAUCAAAUUAGUCAAAAAUUGGGACAACUGGGACAAAUCAGUGGUUUUGGAUAAAUCUGCUGAGACAGGGGACUCAAAACUGGGACCGUCCCGGGUAAAUAGGAACGUCUGGUCACCCUACAAAAGCUGAUUAAAAGAUCUUUGUCACACCAACCAGUCAUUUUGCCACCUGUGUAAUCGAAUUUCUUGCCCUCAAAAUGCACAUUCAGUUUUUUGUUUUGAUGACUUAUCGAAGGGUCUCUAGCUUCGCUCCACUCGUCCCUGCCCUCGAUCAUGCAUGCCAGUGUCCCUCACCCGAGAGAGCUGGAGAGAGGAAGAGGAAGAGAGAGCGCAGUUUAUGAGGGGGCUCGAUGUGACCUAGAUUCCUCCCCCCUCGUCUCUCUCUCUCUUUCUCUUCCCCCUCUCCACUGUCUCUGCCUCAUGUAGGGCAGAAUCCUCACUAGAAACUAUGGUGCUCAUGUAUUGAUGCACACACAGACACUAGCUAAAAACACGACUUUCUGGUAGGGCCGGGCGGCACGGCGAUAAAAUUCAAAUCGUGAUAUCUGAUCCCUGUGAUGACAUGCUGUUUUUGUGAUUUUUUUUUCAUAUAUUAGAUGGGAUCAGAAUGAAAAUGUAGCUUUUGCUGAAACCCAUGAUUCUAUGCUUUUCUGUUUAAUGCAAUUUUCCCCAACCCACUCCUCCUAUUGGUCAGCCUCUGUCUAACUCUUGAGUGACAGGUGGACGUAGCCAAUCACAGUGACGUUUGAUCUCUGAAAUCGUGAUAGAGGCUCCAAGAAAUUAAUUAGCGAUUUGAAUUUUCUGCUUUGUCGCCCAGCCCUGUGUUCAGGUGCAUGUUGAACGGACCACCACUGAAAAAACACAACCCUAAACUCUAAAGUCAGGGAUUUGUACUUCACUUCACCACUUUUGUACGACAGUUUCUAUUUCAGUUCGAAUGUGAGAAGCAGAGGAUGUGGAGGAGAGCGUCCGCGUCAUGUCGAUUCUAAAGCCGUGUGCAGUUGUAAAGGGGUGUUUGGUGUUCAGCAUGAAUCCAAUCUUUUAUCAGACCGAGUGACUAUGAAGAGAAACUGUACAGUAACCAAAUGAAAUUGUAAUAGUUUCUUUUUCUAAAGAAAAUAAAAUACUUAUUAAGUGA